AUGAAUUAUUGGACUGGACAAGAAUGUUACAAUUUAUCCAUACAAACGCUUGAUCCAAACACCCAUCGGCCAACUUACCCAUUUUAUUUAUUUUUCCAUUAUUUGGAUGAUUUAUCCAAAGAUAUGUUGGAUCAUUUAAUUUUGAAUGAAUUGGCUGGAAAAAUUAUACUGAGUGAAAAUAAAGUUUAUCUCGAUGAAGAUAUUGUUGAAUUACUUUCUGUUGAGAAACCUGAUCAAAUUCCUGUUCAAGUUCCUCCGCAUUUUCAUGGAAAGCUUACUAGAGAAGUUUAUAACAGAUGCCGUACUCGUUUUGAACAAUUGCAACAAGCACAUCAACAAGGACAUGAACAAGAACAUGGACAAGAACAUGGACAAGAACAAGAACAAGGACAUGAUCAACGUGGACAUCAACAAGGUGGACGUGGAGGACGAAGGACUGGACGAAAUCGUGGACGGAAUGGAGGAGGACGUGAAUGA